AUGUCUCUUCGUUACAUGUUGAACUGUGAAAUUGUGUUGUAUCAUACGACACCAUCGCAACUACGUUUAAAAAAAGUAAUACUUCUUCUCAAUAAUAUGGGCAUGUUAUCUACAAUAGUUUCUUUUGGUUUGGGUGUCUACACAGGAUUAUAUGCAGCACAAAACUAUGAAGUAGCCAAAGUUGAUGAUCCUGGAGUAAUUAUAGACAAAAUGAAAAAAUAUUUAGAUGAAAUAAUGAAACCCAAACCCUAAAUUACUUUAAAAUUUAACAUAAAUUAUGUUAUUAAUACUUAUAUUGUAAAUAUAACUUGAUAGUUAUUUCCUCAGUAGAAAUACAUAAAUAUUUUCAAUAUGAAAUAAUGUAUAAGUAUUGAGCAAAUAAAUUAUUUGUUACAUA